CACUGGCCCCUCAUCCCAAAAUACCUAGGAGCCAAUGGAGUGGGAAAAGCCGGGACCCUGAGGAGAGAGGGAGCUAAAGCUGGUGGAUUGCUGUGAGGGGCACCCAUUUAGGAUCUAGGUCCUGCUGAAGGCUGGGAUUCCUCUUGGGACUUUGUUGACUUGUGGAUAGCAGGCGUGCUCUGCUGAUUCAUUUUCAUCACUGUCAAAAUGGUCAUCAAAGUCUUUGUAGCCACAUCUUCGGGGUCUACAGCGAUCAAAAAGAAACAGCAAGAGGUAGUGGGCUUUUUAGAGGCCAACAAGAUUGACUUUCAGCAAAUGGACAUAGCAGGUGAUGAGGACAACAGGAAAUGGAUGAGAGAGAAUGUUCCUGGAGAAAAAAAGCCUCAAAACGGAAUUCCUCUUCCUCCACAGAUCUUCAAUGAGGAGCGGUACUGUGGGGACUUUGAAUCCUUUUUCUCUGCUAAAGAAGAAAAUAUUAUUUAUUCAUUCCUGGGUCUUGCUCCUCCUCCAGGCACAAAGGAGACUGAAAAGUCUGAUACUGCUGGUGAAACUGAGACACACACAGAACACAGUGCAGAUGAAGGGGCCCAUGAAGAGGCUCAGCCACCAUCAGAAGAUCAGCAGGAAAACACGGAAGGAGAUGCGGCGGCAGGGGAAGAAGAAGAAAAACAUGAAGAGGGAGAAGAAAAGGAAGAAGAAGGAAAGCAAGAAGAGGGAGAAGAAAAGGAAGAGGUGGAGGAGCAAGAAGAGUCUUAGUACACUUCCUUAUGACACAUUCUCUCUUGAAAGGUUUUCAGGAAGCACAAGCUGGAGCAGCCCUGCCAAAGGAAAACCCUCCCUCUUAAGCAAACCGUCACUACCUUUCAUGCCUGUGUACAUGUGAACAUAUAAAUACAGAACAACAAAGAUACCACUGUAUCCUACUUGUAGCCUUUGUAUAUAUAUUUGGUAUUACAAUUGCUUGUUAAAAUGGAUCUUCUUAUAUCUGAUUGCUGAUAUUUCAGUUGACUGUUAUGUGUUGGAAUAGUAUUGUCCAUGUCAUAUCUUAGACUGUAAGUUCCUCAGAGCAGGAACCAUGUCUUUCUCCAUGUUUAUGUACUGUCAAGCACACUGCUACCACUCAGCAGAUAAUUGCACUCACACAAGUGGUGUUGUAUUCGGAGAAAAAGAAACUCAGAGCUGAAAACUACAAAAAGGCUUCCUGUAUGCAACUUAUGUGAGUCACUUCUCCCUCAGCUGGCUUUUGAAAGUGAUUGAGAUUCCCAUUGUACAGCAGUUUAAAUAAAUGCAUUUUCUGUCACAUC